CCUGGCUGGCCGAUUGUGCUCAUGUUGCUUCUCAUACCCUUGUGACCUAGAAUGACAAGAUCAGGCUUAUCCCUCACCCGAAGAAACAAGUGAUUAGCCUAUCAUGAGUGGUAUAGGCGGUAUCAACAUUCCGUCGUCGACGGUGGUCGCCAUUGGCGGAGGAUUCGUCUGUUUGGCCUUCUUCAUCAUCACCGGCUUGUUCCUGCUUCGAGCGACCAAGAUGGCUGCGGAAGGUCGUCGGCGAAGAGCAGCAGGAGAGAACAUCACAUUCAGGGAGAUUUGGAGGAGAGAUGGAGGGAUGUUAGGCUUCGUGACGGGUUUAGGGGCCGAUAGUGCACUGGUCGGAGCGGGUGGCAGGCGAGAUUUGAGUUCAUCAAGGGCGAGGGAAGAAAUACGGAUGUGGGCGUACUGGAAGAACCAGGGAGAGUUGAUGAAGAGACUACCGAAAUUAUGGGAGAUCGGAGUGGAGGAAAGCGGUUCGAUGGUUGGGCAGGAUGAAUUGUCGAUCAAGGAUUGUCAGCCCCUUGGAGUCAUACCAUCACAGCCGCCAGACGACCUGGAUGACGAAUGUGCUGAUUAUUCUCGAUUGGACCCAACGCUAUCUUUGUCAGUUUUGAUUAUCUUGCCGGCGCAACAGGAAACGCACAGGAAACCUUCUGACGAAUGGUUGGACUUGCCAGAAAUGAUGAUCGGAACGACACGCUUGGUACCAUAUGUGGUCGCUGGUCAAGCGACCGAGAGCAAUCAGCCACCUGGGAUGAUGGAAUCUUCGCUCAAGGAGGAAAAGGAAGCACUCGAGGAUUAUGCAGUGCCUGAACUCUCUGAUCAUGCAGCCGGUGGCGGGAGCAGCAGCGAGCACAGGGCGGGCUGGAGGAAGAAAGGGAAACGAUGGGCUAUCGAGGGGAUCAAUGACGUUUCGAUAACAUCGGACGAAUGAGCAGUGUGGGUCUGGGCUGCGUGCGUCGCCCAAUAAUUAUGGAUAUGACGAUCAUUGUAGCGACUAUCUUUACAUGUAUGGGGUCUUGUCUGGUCAUAACACACGUUUUGAUGUGUUGC